GCGUCACCGGAUGUAGCGACAUGCUGCCCGGAAGUUUAGUAAAUGGGCGGGAAGUUAGAAGUUUGAUUUCAGAUUCUCUAAAUGUCAUUACAGGUCAACCUACGGAUUUACAAAUUUAACGUUUCUCUCCCAAGAGUAAAUCUGAAUUAAGAUGGCGGACAGAAAUCUUGUGCAGGAGCUGAAACGAUGGGCAACCGAGGAGUUCAGCUUGCCUCCGGAUGGCCUGCCAAAUGACAGCUAUUUUAAAACGCUUUGUGUUGGUUCUGGGAAGUCAAUCUGGAAAUAUGUCAUCCAACACAUUUAUCAACAGAGGAACGUAAGGAUCAUGCGUGGGAAUCUACAGUGGUACAAAGUUAUCCAAGACAAACAGUUGGAGCAAACUGGAAGCCAAAGUGAGGCUGCCAAGCAAAGAGAGCUUCAGAGAAAGAUAGAACAGCUGAGAGCAGAGAUCAGUCACCUGGAUUCUCAGAUCAGUGGAACAGAGGAACAGUUGGCCGCACAAGAGCAGUCCAUCAGCCGUACCUGGACCAAAGUGGAGGAUAGUCGUCACAGAGAGCUGCUUCUACAGGCCUUCAAGCAGCGCUGCAUGUUGGGCUGCAGAGUGCUUUCUGAUGACACACAAAAGAUCAGGGGACACUGCCAGGCAUUGGAACUUAUGACCAGGAAAGCAGAGGUUGAACUGCUUUUUGAUGACAAGCCUUCCAGCAGCAAUGAUGGAGAUGACCUAAACUCCAAAACUGCUGCAGAGGCUCAGGUCCUGCGUGAGGUGAGAGAGCUGUGUGACAACAGGAUCCACUUCUUUUGUUCCUUACAUGAGAGUGAACUGAAAUCAACGCACUCUUCAACCAAACAUAUGAGUCGUGAACAGAGCACCGCUGUGUUUCAGUACUGGCUCAGUUCUGUGGAGACACUGUUGGGCAGUUAUCCUCCAAACCACGUCCUCUCAGCGUUGGAGUAUUUAGCUUCCAGGGAGCAGAGGGAACUAGAGGAAAAACUUGCCUCUCUUGAUGUGACACGGGAUGUGACUGCUCUACGCUUUCGAUAUGAAAACAAUCACUUAUUGGACAUGUCAACAGAAGAUGAUAAUGAGUUGCCACCAGUGAAGACACUUUUGGAGGCUGCUUGGGAAGAGGUGCAGCAGAGUUUGGUGGAACUGGCUCAGACUCGCUCCAGAGUCCAGCAGCUUUGUGACCAGCUGCAGACUCGCAGGAAGGAGGCUGAGCUGGAGGUGUCUGAUAUUGCAGAUGAGCUCCACAAUGACACCAUGGCACUGUCAGCUCUUAAGGUGGAACUUCAGUGUGUGAUGCAGGCAGCGGUCAGAGAUCAUAUCAGAGACCGGUGUAUCCAACUUGACCAGCAUGCCAGAAGCCGACAGGAGGCGCUUCAGAAUCUGCGCAGCCAGUGGCAGAGCAUCCUUGACUUCAGACAGCUUGUGGCUCUGAGACAGGAGCAGAUCAGGGGUUUAAUUAAGGGGAACUCAACGGCAAAGAUGGAUCUGAUCCGUCUGCAAACAGAGUUAAAGGAAUUUAUUCAGGGCAAACUGGUCCCACAAUUUGAAGAUGUCACCACUUCAGCAAACCGUCUCAGGAACUCCAUUUCCAAGGAGUCUCGUCAGUUAGGAUCGGUUUCUCUUGUUGCUCUUGAUCGGAGGACUUUUGAAGGAACCCAAAGAAUCCCUGCGUCAUGGUUGUCCAUCAAUCGCUUGAAGUCUCCGGUCUUCAGCAGCUUGUGUCAGAGCCUGUUAUUCCCACUGUACAAGGCUCCAGAGGAGCUGUGUUCCCAGACACGCUCCCAGCAGCUUGAGUUGCGUUUUCUUCGCCAGUUGCUGCAACUUCACUCUGCUUCUCUGCAGAAAACACAGAAAGAAGCAGAGUUCUUGCACGCAUCUGAUCAAAAAGCUUUGCUGUCCAGAGUCAUAGAGGAGGAUCAGAAGCUUCUGAAGGUUCUCGUGCCAGGAGUCAGAAGCUUCAUCCAACGUUGCAGCCAAGGCCUUUCAUAUGGAAACCAAGUCAAAACUGCCAUCUCUUACUGGUGGGAGAGGCCAGCCCAGCAUGUCCUACCUGAGGUCAGCAAAGCAGGAUUCACUUUUCAACAGUGGCUUCAGAGAUGGAAACUUGCUGCUAAAGCCUCUUAGGGAUGGAUCAUAGUUGAAAAAAAUUAAACAGAGCACCUUUGAGUGGCUUUAUGUACAAAAGAGGAUUAGGGCCACUGGAAGAAAACAAAAUGAGGUCCAAUAUUUUACCAUUAUUAUUGUUCUGAGAGAAAAAAGUGAGAAUUCUGAGAUUAAAGUGAGAAUUCUGGGAUUUUAGUCAGAAGAAAAAAAGCCAGAAUUCUGGGAUUAAAGUCAGAAUUCUGACAUUAAAGUCAGAAAUAAGAAAAAAUGUCAGAAAUAAGAAAAAAUGUCAGAAUUAAGAAAAAAAGUCAAAAUUCUGACAUUAAAGUCAUAAAUGAGAAAAAAGUCAGAAUUCUGAGAUUGAAGCCAGAAUUCUGACAUUAAAGUCAGAAUUAAGAAAAUAAUGUCAGAAUUAAGAAAAAAAGUCAAAGUUCUGACAUUAAAGUCAUAAAUGAGAAAAAAGUCAGAAUUCUGACUUUUCUCAGAAUUCCGACUUUUCUCAGAAUAAUGAUUUAAAAAAUAUAUUGUUCCUGAAUGAUUAUUAUUUUUCAGUGGCCCUAAUCCUCUUCCGUAUAUAUGACAAUGAUACAGUAGUAAGAAACAUUCUGUACAUAUACAGGAGAUAAUAAAAAAUCACAGUUGUUUAUCCUGAUGUUUACCAUCUCGUUUCCUCUUUUGAUGUGUUUUUUACUUAAAAUUCUGUCACUAAUAAAGCAUUUUAAGUACAA